AUGCCUCAAUACGAUUCCAUCGGUGCCUCUUAUAACGUCCUCGAGGAACUCCCCUACAGAGCUGUGGAGAAACACAACGUAUACACCGCUAUCAAUCCUCUACUUAAGCCGGGGGCACGAGUCCUAGAAGUCGCCUGCGGUACGGGCUUUUACUCAUCACAUCUUCUUACCUGGGGGGCUGGAUACGUGAUGGGCAUGGAUAUAUCGUCCACAAUGCUUGAGAGUGCGGUAACGCGAUUAUCGUCAGAAAUUGCUUCUGGAAAAGCACAAUUUAUGCUCGGGGACGGUGCAAUCCCACAGUCGUUUGCCCCUGACAACAGUUCAGGAUUUUUUAGCAUGGUUUUUGGGGCGUGGUUUCUCAACUAUGCGUCCAGCAAAGAGGACCUAGUUGCCAUGUUCACCAAUAUUUCUCUCAAUCUCGAACCUGGCGGCGUUUUUGUGGGAGUUGUCCCACAUCCGACAGAUGAUAUUCAGAAACGAGCAGAGGAUUGUAAGCAAGAUCCACUACGGCAGUACUAUCCCCGCAACGAGUAUGUAGAAGAGCUGGCUUCAGGAGAUGGCUGGAGCUUACGGGUAUCCUUAAAUGAAGGUGGACUGGAUAUUAUGACUUGGCAUAUGAGAAAGAGCGUUUAUGAGGAAGCCGCAAGAAUGGGUGGUUUAAGGGGCAAAUUGGAGUGGAGGUAUGAGACUUUGGGAGAAGAGAGCGCACGGGAACAAUUCGGCUUGACAGCUGACGAAUGGUCAGCUAGAGUAACAAACCCGCACUUGGGGAUUCUGAUAGCAUGGAAGGAUUAA